CUCUUCUCGAUAGUGUUUAUCUUUUGCUAUAUAAAACGAAGCUGACACUUAAGUGUUUAUCAGAUAUUGUCUACCCUUCAAAAAAAAGUUGAUCACAUUAACCCACACAUAUAAUAUUAGCUCAAUAUGCCUAGAAGAGGAGGAGCCUUUCUAGCUGGCGCAGCCAUCGGCCGCCGUCGUGCAGGUUCUGGCUCAUCAUCAUCUGACGAUGGGGGUCGACGCCGCCCAGUGGCAAAGGCAGCUGUUGCGGGUGCUAUUAUCGGUGGUAGACGUGGGGGCCGUCGCAAUUCGGGGUCUGGUUCAGACUCUGAUAGAGACGACGAAGGACCUCAAACGUAUUGCAUGCGAGAGAAGCUGUUGUUGAACAUUGGUGACGAUUUCAAUAUCAACAAAAUGUCUCGCAGACGUGGCCGUGGUAAGCCCGCUUACAUUGCCAACAACAAGGUUAUGCGCGUCAGAGAGACAUUCCAGUUGCAGAAUUUAAGCAGAGAUACCCUUUAUCAGAUUCAAGAGCGUAAGGCACGUGUGCGCGAUUCCAUGGCUAUUGAGGAUCACCACGGUGAUAAGGUUGCGGAGAUCAAGAAGCGUGCUAUCGGCAUUGUGCGUGAGAAUUUCGUUGUUAAGAUCAGAGGAGAGACCGACUGGCAGAUCCACGGAUCCAUUCUUGAGCACAACUUCACCGUCUCGGAACACGGCCGUGAGAUAAUUAAGGUGCACAAGGCCUAUAUUGCUCCCAUCGCCGAACACUACUACAUUGAUAUCUCUGAGGGUGUCGAUACAGGUCUAGCGCUCUGUGUGGUGGUUGCUCUUGAGAGCAUGUCCGAGGACUAGUCAGAACUCUUCAACACUUCUACCUUGCUCUAUUGUAAUAAAUAGUGUAUCUGCCCAUAUGACUGGAAUUCACUGACAUGGCCUGCAUUGUUCUCAAACCACUGGAAAGUUUAUGAGACCGCUAAGUUUUGUGCAAGUAAAGUAUUGGUUCAUGAAAA